GCACCUCCCCAGGCUGGAAGUCUGUCUUCCGAUAAGCGGACUCUCCCGGCCUUUUCUCCGCCCUCGCGGCUUCUCUGGGGCUCCCUCCCGCGGGACUGGGCUGUCGGGGUGCCCCUAGCGCAGUCUUGGAACUGAAGGCGGCGAGGUGUCAGUUCCGGAGCCGCCUUAGUGGGAGGGGAGGAAGAGACUCCAGGAGGCGAGAAGCCGGGGGAAGCAAAGUCCCUGGAUGGCGGUCCCGGGGCUGCCCGUGCUGCUCCGGCUGCUGCUGCUGGCGGCGGGCGCGGGGGCCGCGCGGUGGACCGGGCAGGGCACCAGCCCGCACCUGCAGAGCAUCUUCCUGGGCCGCUGCGCAGACUACCUGCCGCUGCUGAGUCCGGAGCAGCGGAACAAGAACUGCACGGCCAUCUGGGAAGCCUUUGCAGUGGUGCUGGACAAGGACCCCUGCUCUGUGCUUCCCGAGGACUAUGACCUUUUCAUUAACCUCUCCAAGCACCCUAUUCCCAGAGACAAGACUCUGUUCUGGGAAAAUAGCUACCUCCUUGUUAAUAGCUAUGCAGGAAACACUCGUCGCUUUAUGCCUGUGAGUGAUGUUCUCUACGGCCGGGUUACAGAUUCCUUGAGCUGGUGUCGACAGAAUAACAGCGCUGGACUCGAUUACCAGUCCUGCCCUGCACCAGAAGAUUGUGAGAACAACGCCGUGGACUCCUUUUGGAAGAGGGCGUCUGUCCAGUACUCAACAGAUAGUUCUGGGGUGGUCUCCGUCAUGCUGAAUGGUUCAGAGCCAGAAGGAGCCUAUCCUGUCAGAGGUUUUUUUGCAGAUUUUGAAGUUCCACACUUGCAGAAGGACAAAAUCACUCGAGUUGAAAUCUGGGUUAUGCAUGAAAUUGGGGGACCCAAAGUGGAAUCCUGUGGGGAAGGCAGCGUGAAAAUCCUGGAAGAAAGGCUGAAGCAAAUGGGGUUCCGGCACACCUGCACGAACGAUCACCUGCCAGUGAAGCUCUUACAGUGUGUGGACCACAGCACUCAUCCUGACUGUGCCUUAAACUCGGCAGCAGUGUCCACUCAAAGAGAAGCCCUACUUCUUUAUGCAAAACGAGGCGCCAGCCUGAUCAUCCCCCUCUUGCUGGCUCUGGCUUCAGGAACUCAGAUGUAACUAGGAACUCAGCUGUGCCUUUCUAUCCAGACUCCUGCAGUCUGCCUUCCCCUCGUCAUUCCUGUUCUGUGUAUGCCAACUGAUUCCUUUGUCCAAAGAAACGCUUUUUCUGGGAAAACAAAUCCCUGAAAUGGUAUUUCAGGAACAAAAAAAUUACUGUCAUUCUAUUUAGCAGGCAAAAACUUUUGCAUCAGAAUUAAAGAAGUUUGCCGGGUGUGGUGGCUCAUGCCUGUAAUCCUAGCACCUUGGGAAUCUGAGGGGGGAAGAUCACUGAGUCCAGGAGUUUGAGACCAGCCUGAGCAAGAGCAAGAGCGAGACCCAGUCUCUACAAAAAGAAAAAAGAACCUGGUUAUGGUGCAGGCACCUACAGUCAUAGCUCCUCAGGAGGCUGAGGCAGGAGGAUGCCCUGAGCCCACGAGUUUGAGGUUGCUGUGAGCUAUGAUGAUGCCACAGGACUCUAGCCCAGGCAAUAGAGUAAGACCUGUUUCAAAAAAAAAAAUUAAAGAAGUGCUUGUCUGUCCUAAAGCAAAAGAUUUAAAACUUCUUAUUUUUUUAUUUUUAAAAUGGCACCAAGCAUUGGAAUCCAGACUGCUGUUGAUGUAAUCAAACAUUUUUAUCCAGUUCUGGUAGAACUGUAUUUUAUAUCAUCUAGAUUUUCCUAUAUCCUCAGCAGGGCAUACUGUAUGCUUGUUGGUAGCUAUAUAAAUGUGCACAUAUAUAUUUGGCAUGUGAAAGUUUAUGUAUAGAGAUGUUCAUUUAAUGGUCAUAUCUAAGGAGGGGAAAACCCAAAAUGUUCAAUAAUAUUUACAUAUGUACUGAACCCGUUUGGAACUGUUUGCAUAAGAUUUAGUAUGUCUGUAGGAAGGGCUGUCAUUCAACAAGUAAAAGUCAUGUUUACCAGCUCAGAUGUUUGUCAGCUGGUGAAUGGAUAAACUAGUUGUAGUCAAUCUAUGCCAUAGAAUAUUACUGAGCAAUACAGGUAACUGUUAUUGAUACAGGCAACCAUUUAGUUCAAACUCAGAUGCAUUAUGUCAGGUGAGAGGCUCCAGGCCAAAGGUGACAUACUGUGUGAUUCUGUUUACAUGAUGUUCUGGAAAAGGCAAAACUGUAAGAACGAAGAACAGGUCAGUGGUUGUGGGCAGGGGAGAUUGUCAGCACUUGAGGCAAGGCCAGUUACACAGCACAGUGAGAGGAGGGGACUUUGGGGAGUGAGGAAACCGUCCUGCAUCCUGCCUGAAAUCGGGCUACAUGACUCUGGGGCUUUGUCAACAUUCACGGGCCUGUACAGCAAAAAAGAGCAAAUCUGAUUGUAUGUAAAUUAAAAAGAAAACUUUUCAAUGAAUAUUUAACCACAUAGGAAAAUGUCAAUGAUAUAUGUAAGAUGAAAGAUUUAAAACUUCUUUAUUGUGUGACGCAAAUGCUAAAAUUCAAUAAAAUUUAAUAAAUUAUAUUAUAAAUGUGUAUUUAUAUGA